UCCAGCUCGCCAGACCGUCGGUCCCCGCGGCGGCGGCGGCGGCGGCUGCGGCCGGGUGACAGCAGCGGCGGCGCCAGGCUGGCUUGUUAGCGGAAGGGUCGCGCGGCCCCCACAACCACCGCCAACCGGGGCCGAAAGAAGGCGCGACGCGAGGAAGGCCGAGGCGGGCCGCGCGGGAGACCGCGGGCGCCGAGUGACAGGCCGGCGUGAGGGAGCGUGCAGGUUGCGGCGGCCGGCGCCCCCGACCCGCCGGUCCCCUCGGCCGUCGCCGGCAUGAGCCACAUCCAGAUCCCGCCGGGGCUCACGGAGCUGCUGCAGGGCUACACCGUGGAGGUGCUGCGGCGGCAGCCGCCCGAUCUCAUCGACUUCGCGGUGGAGUACUUCACAUGCCUACGCGAGGCCCGCGCCCAGGAUUCGGACACGGUCAUCACCCCCGCGACAGCCUUUCAGGAGCAGGAGGUCGUCGGCUCGGCCACCGCCGAGGAGGACAACGAGGAGAGCGACACCGACUCGGACGAACUGGAGCUUGAAGUUCCGGCUCCCAACAGAUUUGCUAGGCGAGUAUCAGUCUGUGCAGAAACCUUUAACCCUGAUGAAGACGACGACGAUAAUGAUCCAAAGGUGGUAUAUCCCAAAACUGAUGAGCAGAGAUGCAGGCUUCAGGACGCUUGUAAAGAUAUUCUUCUUUUCAAAAACCUUGAUCAGGAGCAGCUUUCUCAAGUUUUGGAUGCCAUGUUUGAAAAGACAGUCAAACCUGAAGAGCACGUCAUUGAACAAGGAGAUGAUGGAGACAACUUUUAUGUCAUAGAACGGGGAACCUAUGACAUUUUAGUAACAAAAGAUAAUCAAACACGUUCCGUUGGUCAGUAUGACAACCGUGGCAGUUUUGGAGAACUAGCUCUGAUGUAUAAUACCCCGAGAGCUGCUACCAUUGUCGCCACCUCAGAAGGCGCCCUUUGGGGAUUGGACCGGGUGACUUUUAGAAGAAUCAUAGUGAAAAACAAUGCAAAAAAGAGGAAGAUGUUUGAAUCAUUUAUUGAGUCUGUGCCACUCUUUAAAUCACUAGAGGUGUCAGAACGAAUGAAGAUUGUGGAUGUGAUCGGAGAAAAGGUCUAUAAGGAUGGAGAGCGAAUAAUCACUCAGGGUGAAAAGGCUGACAGCUUUUAUAUUAUAGAGUCUGGAGAAGUGAGCAUCUUGAUUAAAAGCAAGACUAAAUCGAGCAGGAAUGAUGGUAACCAAGAAGUUGAGAUUGCCCACUGCCAUAAAGGGCAGUACUUCGGAGAGCUUGCACUGGUCACCAACAAACCCAGAGCUGCUUCUGCUUACGCGGUUGGAGAUGUCAAGUGCUUAGUUAUGGAUGUUCAAGCAUUUGAGAGGCUUCUGGGACCCUGCAUGGACAUCAUGAAGAGAAACAUCACACAUUACGAAGAACAGCUGGUGAAGAUGUUUGGCUCCACCUUGGAUCUAAUGGACCCUGGGCAGUAGAUGUUAUGAAUUGCAGAGCCUUCUCGAUGUGACACCAAAACCUUCCAGUCAGCCACAGAACACACACAGAAAACAGACACAACAGAACCGUUCCUGCUGUUGUCACCGCCGCUGCCAUUGCUGUGGUUAAGGGCAUUUAGAAAUCUUGAAAGUCAGCACUGAAGGAUGGACAGAGGCUCCACCCAUACCCACACCUCCACUUUGCUUCUGAAUGCCCGUCAUUAGACCACUUUCAUAACCCAGUUUUCACAUCUUUGGUUCAGAAUGGCAUGUCUCUCCAGCAAUUUAAGUGCCUGAUACAAAGUCCAAAGUGUAAACAUCCUCCUUUCCUCUCUUGCUGCUAAUGUUGCUUCUGAAAGUUCCCCUGAGGUCUGCAGAAACCUGUUGAAUAACUGUAGACACCUCCAUAGUCCUCCUCAAGGGAGGAAAUGGUAGAGCCUUCAGUCUCCUCUUUUGUCUUUUAAGAAAGUCCACAAUGUGUUCACAAUUGCUGCUUUUGCUCUUAUAGUGGAAGAUGGUAGCAGUUAUAAUGGAGGUCUGUGCCCCAGUGGCCCUGUACUAUUUGCUGGCAGCCACACAUCAUGUAUCUGUGUCCAAGCCCAUAAUGAUGCUCAACAAAAGGCUCUCUUGAAGGCCCAGCAGGUCCAUGCAGAGCAGAGUAUCUGAAUACUACUUAGCCUCACAUUAGCAGAAAACUUGGAUUCAGCAUUCUUGUCAGUAGUAGCCAGGAAAGGUUAUCUGGGUUAAGGUUUUUGUUGCUUGUUUUUGUAAGUUUUGUUUUGUUUAAUCUCCGUGCAGUUCACAUAAAUGAAUUGCUAUCCAUUUCUAAGGAGCCAAGGGUGGCUGGUUAGCUCAGCUGGUUAAAGCAUGGUGCUGAUACAACGAGCCAGGGUCUGGAGCUGUCAUCAUUUUCUCUGACCUAAGUACUUUCUUGAGCAACCCCUGCCAUGUCUUGUUCACUGGCUGAUGGCAGUAGGCUGACAGGAGGUUAUGCUGCACAGAGAAUCGUUUCCUUCUUCCAGCUUUUUUUUUUUUUUUUUAAGGAAAUUAUUUCUCUAUUUAGGGAAUUCACCUUGGACAUAUUCAUAUACAUGGAGUUUGUCAGCUGACUCAGGCAUUUCUCCUAAAUAUCUGUAUCACUGGGGUAGGGGUUGGGCAUGGUUCAGUGGCACAGCCUUUAUGGAGCAUGUGCAAGGCUCUAAUCUCCAGCUUUAUAAUAACCACAGAAAGAAAGGUUAUCAUUUAUAAACAGAAUUACUGUGAAGGCCUUUCUAACAGUCUCGACUUUUGCCAUGGUCACUGUAGCCAAGAAAUGUCCAGAGCAGAUGAGUCACCACAAUUUUGUUAAUUACUCACCUUUUUUUGUGUGUGUUCCAUGAAGUUAAAGCAGGACUCUUCAGACUGCUCUACAUAGCCUGUGUUACGGCUCUGGGAAUUGCUCCAUUGUAACUACUACAAAGCAGGCAGCUAGCACUGGAAAACCCUUGUGGUAAUCCCAAAUUUUCCUAAGGUCCUUUUCUAUGGUAUUGCUUUAUUAAAUAAAUCACACCUUGUACUUUGACAGAAUAAUACCUGAUUCUUGCAAAGGUAAGAGGUGCAUUGGGCUCACAAGUAGCCCAGAAGUCCACCCAGACCUUACAAGGACUCUGAACCUCACCCCACCCUCCAUGCCAGCAUUGGUUAGGACUGGCUGUGAACCUCAUGCUAGAGUUAUUCCUGCAGCUGCUCGGGGUGGGCCUUCUCAGUGCCCUCACACCCCAGUCUCAUCUUCAGAGUCCUCCUUGUCGCCCUGCCUGCCUCACUGGCGGCUGUGCUCUUACAGAGACGGCAUCAGGUCCGAGAUCUACUCUAGCAGCCGAUCCAAUCCUCACUGCAGCAUGACCCUGUGAUGGGGUCAUGGGAGACGGAGACAAUAGUAAAGAGCUGGUGUGAGUGAUGAAAGACACAGUUGUUACCACAGUGCCAGGACCUGACAGUAUUCCGGUUCUCUUUGCAGCUUAGAGAACCAAAGGUGACAGAAGGUUCUCCUCAAGGUUGCAGUAUCCUGUUGUGCCAGGCAACUCCUUCAGCUAAUGGUCAGGCCUCAUGGGGAGGAGUGUCAGAAAGAUUCCUUUGCUAGCUCCCCUCUUCUGAGGGUUUGUUCUUCCCUAUUCCCUGGCUUUGGAUGAUAGAAAAUAUUCCUCAGAGCUCUGAGGUCCAGCUGCAGUAUUUUCCUUCCUUUCUGUCUCCAGCUUAGCCCGUUUACUAUCUUCUCUUGACUAAAUUCUCUGGAAGGCCACUUGUGUUCUUGUCCUCUGAGUUCAUAGUCUUCUUUAAAAAAAUUAUAUGUUCCUGAUGCAGUCUUAGAAAUCAGCAUUGAAUUUUUCUUUGAACAGUUUAGUAAGCAAAUUCAGCAGCAAAGUGGCAAAAAAAAAAAGUUAUUCAGCCGGAGAGGUUAUGUUCAUCCCUAUUGCCCAGAUUCUCUGCUCAUGAUGGUGGAGUUGGUUCGUGCCGCUGGCAUCCUGGCACCCUGGGCACACAGCAUUUUGUGGCGUGUCACAGUCUUCAUUUUAAAAAAGAUGAAAGCAUUUUGCACAGAGAAAGAAAAGGACCCCUGAAUGUCAUCCUUCAUUUUCCUCAGCCAGUUGAUAUUGAAAUUUUUGUUUUUGAUACAUACUUGUAAACCAAUCUCGCCAAGUUAUGGGUUGUUUUAAUUUUUCACUACAAUUACCUCUUGUUCCUCCUGUUUUGACUGCUGACGUUCCUUUGUGAUUCUAAUGUCUAUUUUAUGGGAAACAGCCUUCCCAUGGGUUUCCUACUAUAUACUGCAGGGCUAUCUUUAUAAAAAAUUUAAAAAAAAAAAGAAUGAAAAUGGUUGCUCACCUCAUGGGGGAUUUGCAGAAAACUAUUUAGCCCACCUUGAGCAAAGGUUAGAUUCCUUAGUUUUUUGUUGUUUUGUUUUUAACUCACUGUAAUAAUAAUUUUAAAAAACCAAUUAAGCAUUAUUGUGCUACCUCAAAGGUAAAAAUACUCUAAGGUCAUCUUUUGGUCCUGAGUUCUAUACAUGCUGUUUGAAAUGUCUUUCAAUUGGAAUUAUUUUUUAAAUCGGGGUGAAUCUUAUUUUAACUUGUUUUACACUUGUAUUUUAAUCUCAAGAUAUGAUUGGAAAGCAAACAAUUCUUGAUCUAUGGUAUUGAACAUAUAAUUUAAAGCCACUAAGAAUUAGUCAUUGUUUGCUGUAAACAAGGUUGGGUUGUUUUGUUUAGUUUUUUAAAGGAAACUCUAGGGAUUGGCUUCACUCUUGACUAAUAAAGGCUGACAAAUCAUGUGUGA